GUUUGCAAGCUGCUUCUUCAAGUUUGAAUAGAAUCGAAGAAAAAGCAGGAACGAGAGAUAACAUGAGGUUGAUUCUGGUUAAACCCACCAAUGCAACAAGACGCCUUGACUCAACAGGUGAAGUCUUCCAAGAUGGAGAACAUCAACACUCUGCUACAGGAGGUCCUGAGGAGAAGCAUAAUCCAUUCUCUGGAAGCCCAGACAAAGCAUCUUCAUCUCCUCAGAAGAGUCGCUGCUGUGCUUCAUCUUCCCUCCAUGAGAAGUCGAAUGGAAUCAAUCCUCCAAGAGGCUUGGCUCAGAGGUCGCCUUCAAAAACACAGAACCUUUUGCUGUCGCAACUGAGUGACCAAGACUGGCAGCUGCUUUGUGGGGAGGAUCCACCCUCAGCAGGAAGAGCGGAAGACAUUGUGGAAAAUCCAAACCAUAUGGACAGAUGUGGCUGCCCCUGUCCUGAUGCUCUCCAACAUUCUGACAUCUUAAGUUUACAGCCACAAACAAAUAAAGAAAGUGUCCCAAGAGGCAGAACUAAGAGAAGUGUUUCAUCACCUCAUACCGCGCCUUUCCUGGAAAGCACAUACCCGUCCACCACUUGCCAAGUUUCAGCACAGCAAACAAAUCACAAAGAUCUUCGCAAACCUCUUACAAACCACCCGAGGAACAUCAUCGUGCCUCAGUGCUCUGGCCAAGAUGGUGAUAAAGAACAGCAUUGUAAUCAUCCAAAAGUCGAAAACUUCAGCCAAGCAACUCAUUCUAAAUUGUUCAACAUUUCUUUAAAUUCAGGCCAGUGUGCUAUAAGAAAUAAAAAACUCUCUGCACUCAGUUUAGAUGUCAACUGGAGAGACCUUUUUGGCAAAGAACCACUUUUGGUGCAGCAGCAUCAAAGGAAAGACUCUCACUGUUUCUCAACUGAUGAUCAAACAUGGAAGCCAUCUGGAGAGUCAUCCUUUGCACUAAAGUGCCGCCAUCUUCCUUACAAUCGCCUAACUAGAACGCCAUGGGGAAAAAGAUCAGCUACACCAGCCAGUCAGAAAAGUUUCACCUCUUUCUCCACCAGCCAGUGUAGUUUGCUUGAAAACCAAGAUUUGGUGGAGAGAACAAGAGAGCAAGAAAGUCAGGAACCCUCUCAGCAUCUCAUCGGAUCCAAACAGUCACUCCCUAAACCCUGCCCUCCACUUCCUGAUACCUUAGGAAGUGGUAGUGUCCAAAACGGGGAUGCAGUGCGACCACUCAGCAGCCUGGGCACUUUAAGCUCAAGUUUUGCAGAUUUUCCUUCAGACCAGCAGCAACUUCAGCUGCUUCACAGUGCUAUUCUUGAGGACGCCUUCUCCAAGGUGAUUGGAGACAACUCCAGUAAGGCCAACAGUGAGAACCUGACCACAACAGAGGGAAACAAACCACAGAAGAAGACCAAGGACAUCAGCUACCGGCUGGGUCAGAGGAGAGCUCUAUUUGGGAAGCGCAAACAGUUGAGUGACUACGCGUUGGUCUGUGGGAUGUUUGGUAUCAUCGCCAUGGUCAUCGAGACAGAGCUUUCAAGAACUUUUUACACUAAGGAAUCCAUCUAUUCUUAUGUGCUGAAAGGUUUGAUCAGCAUUUCCACUGCAAUUCUUCUUGGACUCAUUCUGAUGUACCAUGCUAGGGAAAUACAGUUGUUCAUGGUCGACAAUGGAGCAGAUGACUGGAGGAUAGCAAUGACCUUUGAGAGGAUCCUGUUCAUUAUGUUGGAGCUCCUCAUCUGUGCCAUCCAUCCAAUCCCAGGCCAGUAUGUGUUCACCUGGACUGCCCGCUUGGCCUUCAAUUACACAGCAGCUGUAGCAGAUGCCGAUGUAGACAUCCUUCUUUCUGUCCCGAUGUUCCUGCGUCUGUACCUGAUCGGACGUGUCAUGCUGCUGCACAGCAAGCUGUUCACAGAUGCCUCCUCACGCAGCAUUGGGGCCCUCAAUAAGAUUAAUUUCGACACUCGUUUUGUGAUGAAGACUCUGAUGACCAUCUGCCCCGGGACUGUCCUGCUGGUCUUCAGUGUCUCCUGCUGGAUCAUUGCAGCGUGGACAGUGCGUGUAUGUGAGAGUAGGUAUCAUGAUGCGCAAGAAGUAACAAGCACCUUCCUGGGAGCGAUGUGGCUGAUCUCCAUCACGUUCCUGUCCAUUGGUUAUGGAGACAUGGUCCCUCACACCUACUGUGGGAAAGGAGUUUGCCUCUUGACAGGAAUUAUGGGGGCAGGUUGUACAGCUUUGGUGGUGGCUGUUGUUGCAAGGAAGUCAGAGCUCACAAGAGCUGAAAAACAUGUCCAUAAUUUUAUGAUGGAUACUCAACUUUACAAAAAGAUAAAAAACACAGCAGCAAAUGUUUUAAGGGAGACUUGGCUCAUCUACAAAAACACAAAGCUGGUCAAAAAGAUUGACCACGCCCGUGUGCGGCAGCAUCAGCGGAAAUUUCUGCAGGCCAUCCACCAACUGAGAAGACUCAAAAUGGAGCAAAGGAAACUAACUGACCAGGCAAAUACUGUUGCAGAUCUUGCAAAGACUCAGAACAUGAUGUACGAUCUGGUGUUAGACCUGCAGCAUCGAACUGCAGAGCUGGACAGGAGGAUCGUGGCUCUGGAAGAGAAACUGGACUCCAUUCUUGUCAGAGUGCAAUCGCUGCCAGUUGUUCUAUCUCAAGCAAUAGCAAAACUACAAAAAGAUUUCCUGGAUGACUUAGCCUGCCGCGUUCACUUCCUGUCGUCCUCACUGAGCUCGGAGUGUUGUUCAGCACAUCCCAAGCAACUUUGUCCUGGAUCAAGCACACCAGAGAUGCCGUACAGCUGAGAUGCAUCUCUGAGUUUCCUAAUUUUUCAUAUUGGAUGGAACUGUACCAAAAACCGUGAUU